UAACAUCAUUCCAUGCAUGCUCUUCUAGAACAUGUUAUGUCUGUGACACGGCGGGGUUUACCUUUAUGCGCUACGACAUUCAUAACAGUGCGUCUAUUUCCCACUUCAACGAUCGAGCUUGGAAAAGCAGAUCCUCAACUACACAUUUCGCCGUUGGUUUGUUGGCUACCCAAGGUGUGUGUGUUUACAGAGGAACCCUUGACUUCACCUGGAGAUACCCUGAUGUUAAGGCAGGUUGGAGGAGAGACGUGUGUGUUGGUUGUGUAGAGGAAGAGAGGCGUGUCCGAGCCAAUGACCGAGUUUACAAUGAGAAGUUCUCCUACGCAGACAACCGGAUCAAAACCUCAAAGUACAACAUCUUCACCUUCCUGCCCAUCAACCUCUUUGAACAGUCCCAGCGGGUGGCCAAUGCCUACUUCGUAGUGCUGCUGAUACUGCAGCUGAUUCCAGAGAUCUCCUCUCUGUCCUGGUUCACCACCAUAGUGCCUCUGGUGAUGGUGCUGACCAUUUCCGCCGUCAAAGACGCUACUGACGACUAUUUUCGCCACAAGAGUGACCAGCAGGUCAACAACCGCCAGUCUCAGGUCCUCAUCCGGGGAAAGCUGCAGAAUGAGAAGUGGAUGAAUGUUCGCGUGGGAGACAUCAUCAAGCUGGAGAAUAAUCAAUUUGUCGCUGCAGACCUCCUCCUCCUGUCCAGUAGUGAGCCGUAUGGCCUGUGCUACAUCGAGACAGCAGAGCUGGACGGGGAAACUAAUUUAAAAGUCCGGCAGGCCUUGACUGUGACUUCGGACCUGGGAACCGAUAUCUCCAAACUUGCCGAGUUUGACGGUGAGGUGAUCUGCGAGCCGCCCAAUAACAAGCUGGACCGCUUCACGGGGACGCUGCACUGGUGCGGGAGCAAACACCCGCUGGACAACGAGCGCAUGCUGCUGAGGGGAUGUGUCCUCAGGAACACCGACUGGUGCUUCGGCCUGGUGGUGUUUGCCGGACCCCAGACCAAACUGAUGCAGAACUGUGGGAGGAGCACCUUUAAGAGGACCAGCAUAGACAAACUGAUGAACACGCUGGUGCUGUGGAUAUUUGGCUUCCUGAUCUGCAUGGGGAUCAUCCUGGCGGUGGGCAACACCUUCUGGGAGGUGCAGGUGGGCGGGGCCUUCUGGGCGUGGCUGCGCUGGGGGCUGGGCAACUCCAUCUACUCCGGCUUCCUCACCUUCUGGUCGUACAUCAUCAUCCUCAACACCGUCGUUCCCAUCUCCCUCUACGUCAGUGUGGAGGUCUUGCGUCUGGGCCACAGCUACUUCAUCAACUGGGACAGGAAGUUGUUCUACAACCAGCGGAACACACCUGCGGAAGCACGGACCACCACCCUCACAGAGGAGUUGGGGCAGGUGGAGUUCAUCUUCUCCGACAAGACCGGCACCCUUACCCAGAACAUCAUGGUCUUCAACAAGUGCUCCAUCAAUGGCACCACAUAUGGGGAUGUGUACGAUGACUUUGGCCUUAAAGUGGACAUUACUGAGAGGACGCCGUGUGUGGAUUUCUCCUUCAACUCGCUGAGCGACCCAAAGUUCCGUUUCCAUGACAGCAGCCUGGUGGAGGCUGUCAAGGGGGGCGGGGCUUGUGUGCAGGAGUUCUUCAGACUGCUGGCGCUGUGCCACACUGUUAUGCCAGAGGAGAGGAGCGAGGGAGAGCUGGUGUACCAGGCACAGUCACCUGACGAGGGUGCUCUGGUCACUGCUGCGCGGAACUUUGGAUUUGUGUUCCGGGCCAGAACUCCCGAGACCAUCACGCUGGAUGAGAUGGGCCACUCCGUCACAUACCAGCUCCUCGCCUUCCUGGACUUCAGCAACGUCCGCAAGAGAAUGAGUGUCAUCGUAAGAAACCCAAAGGGUGAGAUCAAGCUGUAUUCCAAAGGAGCUGACACCAUUGUGUUUGAGAGGCUGCACCCUUCUAACGAAGAACUCUUGUAUACUACCUCAGAACAUCUCAAUGAGUUUGCGGGCGAGGGCUUGCGGACGCUGGCGUUGGCUUACAAAGACCUGGAGGAGGACGCGUUUGGGGAAUGGAUGAAAAGGCUGCUGUACGCCAGCACAGUGUUGGAGAACCGGCAGGAGCUGCUCAACCAGCUCUAUGAGGAGAUAGAACAGGACAUGAUGCUGCUUGGUGCCACAGCCGUGGAGGACAAGCUGCAGGAGGGCGUCCCGGAGACCAUAGCCUGCCUAAGCCUGGCCAACAUCAAGAUCUGGGUCCUCACCGGAGACAAACUCGAGACAGCCAUGAACAUCGGUUACUCGUGCAACAUGCUUCGGGACGACAUGGACGAGGUGUUUAUCAUCUCAGGACACUCGUCUCUGGAGGUCGGGUGCGAGCUCAGGAGGGCCAAGGAGCAGAUCCUGGGGCCCAGCAGUGCCAAGCUCAGCGCCACCGGGAAGUCCUUCUCCUCCACCAGCGAUUCUGUGUUUGAAGAAACAAUUAUUGCAGAGUACGGGUUAAUCAUUAACGGCCACAGUUUGGCCCAGGCUCUGGAGGUGGACCUGGAGCAGGUGCUACUGGACGUGGCUUGCCUGUGUAAGACGGUCAUCUGCUGCAGGGUCACCCCCCUGCAGAAGGCUCAGGUGGUCGAGCUGGUCAAGCGGCACAAACGUGCCGUCACCCUCGCCAUCGGGGAUGGUGCCAACGACGUCAGCAUGAUCAAGAAACUUCUCCGCUACCUGCAGCCACUUUUUGGUUACGGUUCCAAGUUCCUCUGCUACUUCUUCUACAAGAACUUCGCCUUCGUCCAGUGUGGCUCUGUUCUUUGCCAGACGGUGUAUGACCAGUGGUUCAUCACGCUCUACAACAUCGUGUACACGUCUCUGCCGGUGCUCGCAAUGGGCCUGUUCGACCAGGAUGUGAACGAGCAGUUCAGCCUGCGCUACCCAUCACUGUACCGGCCCGGCCAGCUCAACCUGCUCUUCAACAAGCGCAAGUUCUUCACCUGCAUGCUGCACGGCGUCUUCACCUCCUUCGUUCUCUUCUUCCUGCCCUACUGCCUCUGCCUCUCCGCCAUCCGCGACGAUGGCUCGCACGUAUCAGACCAGCAGGCCUUUGCCGUCACCAUAGCAACCUCCCUGGUCAUUGUGGUCAGCGUGCAGAUUGGCCUGGACACUAACUACUGGACGGCGGUGAACCACUUCUUUGUGUGGGGGAGUGUGGCCAUGUACUUCGCCAUUCUGUUCGCCAUGCACAGCGAUGGCCUCUUCAGUAUAUUUCCCAGUCAGUUCCCAUACGUUGGAACGGCCCGUAAUGCCCUGACACAGAAGAGUGUGUGGUUGGUCAUCUUGCUGACCACGGUGGUGUGCAUCAUGCCCAUGCUGGCUGUGCGCUUCCUCAAGAAAGAUCUGCACCCCUCCCUCGCAAACAAGGUGCGCUUGCUGCAGAGAGCCAGCAGGAAGCAGCCCCCAGGGAGCAGAGUUGCACGCCGUCCGAGGACUAGGCUCACGGGCGCCGGCUUUACCCACCAGCAGGGGGCUACGGGCGAAAUUAUCACCUCCGGACGCAACAUGAAGCUCACAGUCUCCGCCCACAGCUCCGCCCCCACCGACAAGAGCAGCAGCUGGAUCGGCUCCGUCCUCGGGAAGAGGGGCGGCAUGGAGGAGGAGACGGGCAGCGAGGGGCCCGCUAGGGACCCCACAGAUGGUAUCGGGGCCCCUGGAGGAGUGUCUGGGGACCCCACAGAUGGUAUCGGGGCCCCUGGACGAGUGGCUGGGGACUCCAAAGGGGGUAUCAGGGCCCCUGGACGAGUGGCUAGGGACCCCACAGAUGGUAUCGGGGCCCCUGGACGAGUGGCUAGAGACCCCACAGAGGAGGCUGAGGAGGGUCUUGUAGUAGAGAUCGUAACCUGAUGACCAGAGACAGACACCACAACACACACACACACACACACACCAGCUGACACCACAUACAAACACAUACACCAGCUGACUCAAGCUGUGUGAGGAGGCGGUGUGUGAAGCCUCUCAGAAUGUACCUCCGUCCCAAACACACACCUGCAGAAGUGACCAGCUUCUCACACACCACACCGCCCCGCACAACACUGCACAGCACAACACAACACAAUAAAGCACAGCAAAAGGGACUGCCCCUCAGCACACAGACAUCAAAGCAUUAUCUUUCUUAUGAACGUCUACAUAUCAGAUCAUAUCUUCCGUCAGUUCAGUGGCUUACCUGCAGGAGAUUUAUAAAAUCUUUUAUAUUACAAUAAAUCUCCAGAUUUACUCUGUAAUAGUGUUACAUGAGCUUGCAUUAUGGAUGUGCUGGCCUGUUCUGUGAUAAUGUUCCAGAAUAUAAAGGUGAAGUGAAAGUAUAAGUAAUAAAUAAAAGUAAUAAAAGUAGAGGGAAAAGAUGAGAGAGACAGUCUGCAUGAGAAGAGACAAGUGGCCUUCCUGCUUAUAGUAUGUGCUGGGAAGAGACAAGUGGCCUUCCUGCUU